AUUUUUACUAGUAAUACGAGGUUAGGAGCGGGAACAAAACAGGGAGAUACAACUUGGGGCGGGAACUGUAGUCAGUCGCUCAGCCAGCAGUCCAGAGAGAGAGAGAGAGGUUGCAGAAGGAAGCCGGUAUGGGAUCUGGAGGCGGAGUGCUGCCGCAAUGGGCAAUGAAGCCUUGCAUCAUGGGUAUUGACGAAGCGGGGCGGGGUCCCGUUUUAGGACCGAUGGUGUAUGGAUGCUUAUAUUGCGCGGUCUCAUACCUAAAGACUCUUUCCACUUUAAAAUUUGCAGACUCUAAAACUUUAAAAGAAGAGAGGAGGGAAGAGUUAUUUGAGGAAAUGAAGACUAAUGGUUCAAUAGGGUGGGCUGUUGAUGUCAUUGAUCCUAGGGAGCUAUCUGCCAAAAUGUUGAAGAAGAAUAAAAUCAACCUUAAUGAGAUAUCACAUGAUUCUGCCAGUGGCCUAGUGAGGAGGGUGUUGGACAUGGGUGUUUUGUUAACAGAGGUGUAUGUGGACACAGUUGGUGAUGCUGACAAAUACAGACUCAAACUUUCUGAAAGGUUUCCAGGUAUCAAAUUUGUGGUUGCUAAAAAGGCUGAUAGUCUUUACCCUGUUGUAAGUGGAGCAAGUAUAGCUGCAAAGGUUACCAGGGAUAGAGCUUUGCGAGACUGGGUGUUUGAUGAGAGUGCCGAUAAUAUGCAUAGGAGCUUUGGAUCGGGAUACCCCGGAGAUCCGGAGACUAAGACUUGGCUAGAUCAUCACAAACAUGUAGUGUUUGGUUUUCCAACACUAGUGCGCUUCAGCUGGGGAACUUGUAAUUCAUACUCCAAACACAUUGCUGAGGUCUUAUGGGAAUCUGAUAUAAAUGAGGAAGACGAAAGCAGUGGAAAAUCUGGCAAGAGGCAGCUUAAGCUUACUAACAUUGGUUUCAGCAGUGAUGCGAAGAGGAAGAGCGAAGACAUUGAAUCAAGUGGUAAAGGACGUUGCAAGUUCUUUCAAUCGCGCAAGCUUGAGCUAGUCCCUCACUUUUGAAGCGUUGACCAGACCUGUAACUUUAAUGUAAUGCAGAAAUCACUAGCGAUGCAUAUUCUAAUUCAAUUUGAGUCUUUGAGGACUUGUUAGGCUGGCACAUGGGCUGAACUUCAUUGGAUUAUAAUGGACCGCACUGGAUAUACUGUGACAGUUUUGUUCCAUACCUCCAUAUCUGGUAGACUGGUAGUCCAUGAAACUAGAAUGUAUUGGAUGAGAAAAG